UCGAGACGAGAUCGCGAGAGCUAGAGCUUUGCUGCCACUGCACUGGCACUGGUGCCGAAAUCUUUGCUGUUUGCGUUUGGUCACACCGUGCCAGUAAAUUAUCUAGUUGUGUUUUCAAAGUGCAUGUCAGUCAUCGCGCACUGGGUGGUAGAAGUAUCCAUUCUUGCUGCCAAACAAAUAAUUGGAUACGAUAAACUCUGCUGCUGCUAUACCCUAUUCAAUUUUUGAUUAUUAUUAGUAUUCACUCGGUUUCUCAGCGGAUCGAGCUAUGGCGGUCGACAGCAAAUAUGCUGACCUUCCAGGCAUUGAUACCCAGCCUGAUGUGUAUGAAUCAUCGGAUGUUGCACCAAUGAACGUGCCAGCGCAGACUGAUGUUGGGAGUGAGUUUGUCGAGACUCUGACAAUCAACACACAAAAAUCCUUCGGCAUGUUCAAAGACAAGUACCUAGAUCCUCAUGGAGCAGACUUUUCUGACAGCCUUGGAAGCCAUAGACGUACAGGGUAUGAGGCGGGUGAUUUCUGCAGCUUGCGUGAACUUGAAAAGCCUGAAACACCAUUGCAGAAGUAUGAGCGACUGCAGCGUGAGUUACAAGAGUUGGCUGCUGAAGUGAAAGACAUGAAGGGGAGCGAGACAAGUGAGGGAGCAUCAGCUACUGCUGGUGGACCAUCGCAUGUGGAAUUCUCUCAACAAGUUGCAGUGUUACAGUCGCACUUGCUCAAUCUCCAGUCAGACACUCUAAGCAGCGUGAGCCAGCGCCCGGGACCAGCACUCCAGGCAGACCUCUCGAAGAAGCUGCUGUCACAAGUGGAAGCCUUCUCUGACCGCACGGCCGGUGCAGCUAGUGCAGCAGUAGACACAACGCAGAAAGAUGCCGCCGCAGACGGCAUUUCGUACAAUGUCUACUAUCAGCCUGCCCAGACAGCGUUCUCUGGCUUGUCGAAGGCAAGUGAGCUGGAGCAGCGGCUUGCGCAGUUGGAAAAGCUACUGGGUAAGGAUAGCCGAUCGCUGACAACAAUUACCAGCGGAGUCGCCGGUGCCAAUGGUGACCUGCUGUCGGCUAUGUCUGUUCUGCAGUCCAAAAUGGCGCUGCUGGAGCCUGGCUACGCUGAAGCUGUGAAUGGACGUCUUGCUACGUUGCUGCACAACUUAAAGCAGCUGCAGCAGAGCAAAUCAGCGGAAGACGAGGCCAAAAAGACCAAAGUGGCAGAAUUAUAUGACAUGGUCAAUCGAUGGGACUCCGUUGCUGUUGCGGUGCCCGAUCUGCUUAGCCGCCUCAAGUCUUUGAAAUUGCUCCAUGAGCAGGCGACACACUUUGGCAACACACUACGUGACGUCGACAUUGGCCAGCAGCAAAUCAAUGGUCGGUUGGAAUCACAGUCUAAAGUCUUGUCAGACCUCAAAGAAAGCCUUCGUGUUAACAUGGAGAGCAUCCAGACCAAUUGCCAGAAUCUUGAGUCACGGAUACAGCGUCUCAUGGAAAGCUAAGUCCAUGUGAACCUUCUGUGUGUGUGUGUGUGUGUGUGUGUGUGUGUGUGUGUGUGUGUGGCCAGGGUGGCACAUGGUGUGUGUGUGUGUGUGUGUGUGUGUGUGUGCGUGCCUGCGCUUGCAAAUCAUUUUCAGCUAGAGUUAUAGCGAUCACUGUCGAUUUCUGAAUUGGCAUCAUGAAAACACAUAAAAUAUGCUGAUAGCAGUUUGCAUUUUGUCCUUCCCGUUUCGUGCUUUUCGUUUGUAUCUGUUGCCAAUAUUUCUGCUCUUAUUUUUUAGUCGCGCACUCGAUUCCGGUCCCUACGGAACUGAAUGUUGUCACAGGAACUGCAAGACUGUGCUGCCCUGUUUGCUUUUGCUGCCCUUGCCCAACUUGAUGCCCUGGUUUCGCUGCUUCUUGCUUCUGUCAGGACAUUUUGUGUUCAUAUGGCUUUUAGUAGA